ACCAGGWGGGUUUAGGAGGAGCAGAGGAUGGAGUCUAAGUGGAGAAACAUCUCCUCACACCAGUAUUUUAUUUUCAAUAGUUUCAGUGACCUCGGAGCUCUGAAACCGCUCGCUUUCAUCCCUUUCUUCUUCCUGGUCAUCGUGUCRCUGUUUGCCAACUCUUUGCUGCUUUAUGUCAUCAUUUCUCAGCGGAGCCUUCAUUCCCCAAUGUUCAUCCUGAUGGCCUGCAUGUUGUGUCUCGACCUGAGUCCUCCACUAAUCAUCCUGCCGUACCUGAUGUUAAACCUGCUGUUUGACAUGAGGGGCGUCUCUCUGAGCAGUUGCCUGGCUCAGAUGUUUUGGGUUUACCUUUUAGGAACUUGUCAGUCCACUGUGCUGCUCCUGAUGGCUUUGGACCGGUACUUUGCCAUCUGCAAGCCCCUCCACUACCAGGAACACUUGUCUUUACCUCGAUUCCUCAGGUUUGUGAUACCUCUUCUGAGCAGAAAUGUGCUCUUGAUGACAUUAGUGGUGAGUCUAGCAGGACGGUUGCCCUUCUGCUUCUCUAACGUCAUAAAUCACUGUAUCUGUGAGCACAUGGYUCUGGUGGAACUGGCCUGUGGUUCCACUGCCAUCAACAGUCUGGUUGGGUCGAUGUCAGUAUUCCUAAUUACUGUGCUGGACUUUUGCUUCAUCUCUGUCUCAUACGUGGUUAUAUUCUGCUCUGUGCUGCGUUCAGGAACAGCUGUUACUAUCAUGUCUCGGACCAAAAACAACAUCCCGGAUGCAGCUCGAGUCUUCCUCAGCAUGAUGUACCUCUUCAUUCCAAGCUGUUUUAACCCGAUUGUUUAUGGUUUUAGAACGACUGAGAUCCGACAGCACAUCYUGAAGACUCUGUCAGGUUGUCGACAGGUCCAAACUACAAAGUAUCCUUGA